CAAUUCGCUAAUAAGAAAGACUUCAGCAUCGACUGUGAACUAUCUACAAGUCACUCGGUGCCAGGGAGUUUACAACAAGUAGACAAUCAGACGUGUUCAAAUAAAUGCGUCAAAAUCACGUGGCUUUCAGGCGUGUCGAUCGAAUUAAUUUAUGACACCAACAUUAAAGUGCAACACAAGUCAAACACGUGUGGAAAACCCACAAGCCCAUUAUCUUCAACUGAUCCGCCAACAACUUCAAACACUCAGUUUUCUAAUGGCGAUCUGAACAACAGCACUACCGAUGAACAGGUCAAUGAAGCCAGCAGUGUUGAUGAACAGGUCAGUGAUGCUGGCGUGAUGUCUACGUCCCAAAUUGUUUAUGCUGUCUUAUUCGCCGCGUUCUUCUUAACAGUUUCUUUCAUUCUGGGCGUUAAUCGCGAACGUGUGUUGAGUUUGUGUAGAAGACAAAGACGUAUAUUUAGUGAGAAGACAACUCCGAUAAGCCAAGGCUCAAACCCUGAUGUAAAUGACAAAGGCAAUACACCAAAAGAUGACAUCAAUAUUCUCACAAACCAACAUUUAGAAGUUAAUCCCCAUUUUCAUUUACAGCUAAUGAAAGAAUCUCCCAGAGACGGUAUCAGUUAUCAAACUGGAUGGAAUAAUGUUAAAGAACGGAAUGAUACUAAACAAGGUGUAGAGCAAGGUGAAACAGAUUUAUAUCUUGAUCAUAUUUAUGCCGAGCCUAACGAGACACUAAGACAAGCGAAUUCCAAUAUUUAUGAUGACGCGUCCACGGAGAGGCAAUCCGUUAUCAUUGCACUGCCGCAAAGAAACCAAACACGUAUAGAUGGCGCCGGCGGUCAGAGAUAUUAUGAAGUAGAGUUAGAAGAAGAUACACGAGACGCUGUGCAAGAUGUAAGGGAAGAGGGAUUUGGUGGUGAUGUUAGUGUGGUGGAUGCUUCAGGCGACGGCUAUGAGGUGCCCAGAGAUGUGUCCAGAAAGGUGCCCGGAGACGUGCCCAGAGAGGUGCCCAGAGAGGUGCCAAGAGAGUUACCCAAAAGGGUUUUUAGAGUUGUGCCCAAAGAGGUGCUCACUCACAAACUAAAAAAUGUUAGCUAUUCAGUAAAAAAAGAGGAAAAUG